UUUUUUUUUUCCGCCCUUCUUCCUUUUCUAUUUCUAAAUAUAAAUCGAAUGAGCUCAAUCAAGCAAAACUGGACGCUUGAAUUUAAAAAAUUAUGGUUAAGUAAAUUGACAGAAUCUAUUAAUUGCAUAGCUGUUGGAAAGCCUUUUUUGGAAGAACUUAGCGAAGAAAAUGACAUUCUGAUUGGUACAACAGCUGGACGUGUAUUAAUCUUGAAUCAAACUAAACCUGUUGAAGGGCUUUUAGAAACAAAAGGUGGAUCUGUUCAAUCUAUUCAACUCCAUGAUUUAACAGGUUUUGGUGCACUAGAUCUUGCAGUUGCAGAUUGUGAUGGUGUUGUUACUUUAUUUUCUAGACAGCAAAUCUUAAGUAAACAUGAACUAGGAUCUGCAAUCACCUACAUUACUAUACACAAUGAUUUGGCUGGAGGUUAUGAAAUUAUAGCAGGAGAUAUUAAUGGAACAAUAACAGCUUUUCAGCAACAUGACACUUUAUGGAAACUAAAUAUUGCAGAAGAAUCAGCUAAACUUGCAACAUUAGGGAUGAAAGGACGACGAUCACCUUCAAUUCGCUGUAUGUUAUCGACAAAACUAAAAGAUAAGUUUGGUAUGGAAAUGUCAUGUUUAUUAGUAUGUGAUGGUUGGCCUUUAGUUCAUUUUAUUCAAAGUGGUGAAAGAAUACAAACACUUAGAACACCUAGCGUUAUUCAGUCGAUGUGUUCAGGUUACUUUAUAAAGUCAAAUGACUCGAGUAAAUUUUUUCAACAUUCGAAAAAAAAGGCUGGAUCUUAUAAACUUGAUUCUCAACAAGUGCUGUUAGCGGGCCAAGAUGGAUUUGUAUAUAUAAUGAUUGAUUUUGAAAUAUUUCCAUGGUUUAAUGUAGGCUUUUGUUUAAAUCGCGUUAUUCAAUUUCGACCCUCCUCUUUACCAAAAGAUGAAACAGAUAUAGUGUUGUGUACAGGUUAUUCAAAUGAAGUACUCAUAUAUCAGAAUGGAAAGAAAAUUACACAAAUACGUACUUCUGAUUGGCCACAUGCAAUCACUUUAGGUGAUGUAAACGCUGAUGGUCAAGACGAGCUUGUAUUAGGUCUUUUAGAUCAAACAAUAGAAGUGUAUGAAUGGAAGAUAGAUGGCAUUUAAUAUUACUAAUUAUGUCUAUAUUAUUAAACUAUUUAAUUUAAAUAUGAA